AUGUUCUCCCAGUGUUACGCUUGGUGUCUGGUCCUUCAUCAGCUUGAUUUGGAGGAAAAGUUUGAAGGCCUGUUCCGUGCCUACGACGACUGUGUGACAUUCCAGCUGUUUAAGAGCUUCAGACGCGUGCGGAUAAACUUUAGUAGUCCCAAAUCAGCUGCUCGUGCCAGAAUAGAGCUGCAUGAAACACAGUUCAGAGGAAAGAAGUUAAAGUUGUAUUUCGCGCAGAUUCAGACCUCUGAGACAGAUGGAGACAAGCUUCAUUUGGCUCCGCCACAGCCUGCAAAACAGUUUCUCAUCUCGCCUCCAGCCUCCCCACCUGUAGGGUGGCAGCCCAUAGACGAUGCAACACCUGUCAUCAACUACGACCUCCUUUAUGCAGUUUCUAAGCUAGGACCAGGUAAGCCUGUGGUCCUUGGGUGAAAAUCUGUUGGAAAAAGCAAAUGAGAAAUGGCAGCAUAGAGAAUAACUAGAGGCAGUUGGGGUAAAGGCUGCAAGUUGCGUUACAGCUUUGGAGUUAAGCUGAUUUGGGGCAACUGGUUCUUUGCUUAACGUAUUGUUUGAGUAGCAGAUGGAAGCUUGCUCGCACAGUUUAUCCUUGUGCUUGCUUUUAUGUUUAGAUGAGACAGCUGAUGGUUUGUGCAGGGAUUGGACAAACGCUUGUCUGUGAACCUAAAGGGCAUUUGCUUUAAAUCACACUUGCUCAGCAGUGCUUUCCAAGAUGCAAAGUCCUUCAAUGAUUUAAGCAUCACUGCACGUCCAACAGAGGGGAGAAUGUCUCAGUUAACAAGUUUGAUGAGAGAGGACCACCAUUCCCCUGUCCCUGCAGGACUGCUCUGUUGGGACUGCUCGUUUUCUAUUGAAAAUGUUAUGCAGAAGGAAUGGGAUUUAGGUGUAGUCUCUAAAAAGUGAAAUAGGUAAGAAUGGACAAUGCAGACAGAUUUAUUCUGUCUUCCCAUCUUCACCAGCUGAUAAGGUGUGAAGCUGGUUGGGAUCUUUGAAAGGUGCUUUGCCUUUAGAAAAUGCUUAUCUGAUGAAGCUUAAACUUUUCAUUUAGCAGAUAUUUACUUUCCAAUUUAAUUACCAUGUAUUUAUGGAGAGCUUUCUUUGACUGCUGUUAGAGCAUCCCUUUUACAGUUCUGAAAAUGGAAAAUGUUCAAGUUCCAGCCCUAAGAAAUACCAUUUAAAAUUAGUCUAAUUUACAUUCAUAACCUAUAAGGAAAAAUGGCAUGUUGAAUUAUCCUCAUGUGGAAUUAGAGUAGAACCAUACAGUCACCAAGGUCGGAAACCACCUCCAAGGUCAUCCAGCCCAACCAUCCUUCUCCCACCGAUCCUUCCACCAACCCACGUCCCUCAGUGCCACAUCUACAGGCUCUGGAGCACCUCCAGUGUUGGUGACCCACCCCCUCCUUGGCAGCCCGUGCCAGUGCACUUUAUAUCAAAUCCAAUAACAGUUUUGGCGGGCUGGGGAGGAGAGCUCAUGAAAAUUCAGCAGAGUUCACUUUUGAAAUCCUUACGGGAUAUGGGAGUUGUCCUUGCAGCUCUACUGCUGCUGCUGUCUUGCUGUGAGAGCAGCCACCCACUGCAGGCACCUCGUCCCUGUGCUCAGUGUUACUGCCUGGCUGCCAGUGUGCCAGGGCUGUGGGGUGCAGGGAGCUGCUUCUGGGUCAGUAGGUUUGCAGGACCACCUGGCUUUGUUCUCCUGUGGGAUCUCUCCCAAGGGGACAGCAUGUAAGAUUCCUGCAUUUUACUUCCUUUGGGCUGGGAGACCACUGACAAGGGUGUCAGGUCUCACUCUUAGUCCUGCGUGGCAGAUGAUUACUCCCAGAAUUGAUGCUCUGCUCCUAAACUGCUGAACAAAAGGAAAACAAGAACUCCUUUUUUUCCUUUGGUGCAACAGUGUUAUAAAUAGAAACAUGAAAACGAAUUCCCUCGUUAUCUGGACAAUAAAUCAAUCCCUGUUCUACAGCAGUGGGAUGUGAAAUAUCCCUCAUUGCUCCACCCUCUGCGUGAAGGUCAGAUCCAGCCUUAUUGAAGGAGCCUGCAGGGAGCAGCAGCAGAAGUCACUGUGUGCUCCUCUUCCUAUUUUUAGCACUCAGGAGAGAGAUCGAUUCUUGUUAACUGCAGUGGUGGCUCUAAAAUAGCACUGCAGGUCUCAGCUGUGUGUUACUAUCUUGAGGAUUUCACUGAAAAACAAAUCCCAGCAAAGCUUUGCUCAGGAUCCCGUCGCUGGAGCUCGCUGCUGUGCAGCAGGCAGUGCUGUGCUCCUCACUGCACUUACAGUUAGCUCUCAUUCCAGCAGCACAAUGAAAAGUGUAACUACGCCUUAGCCAGCAAAAAGGGCUCAAUGUUUGUAUGAGCCAGAGCCAGAAUUCUGUGACUCUGACUUGUGAGGAAUAUUACCUUAACGACACUGAUUUAAAUACACUGAUUGCUGUGCAGCCUGGGCUGCUGGUUGGUGACCUGCACACAGCAGGGGGUUGGGAUUGGAUGAGCGCUGUGGGCCUUUGCAACCCAGGCCAUGCUGGGAUUCUAUGAUCCUAUGUUUUGGUAAAAAUUAAUACCUGAGGACCAGAAAAACUCAAUUAAGCAUGUAAAUAAUGAACAGCUUCCAGCUGUGCGCUCUUGCAGCUCAGAAAGCAAUUGGUAUCCUGGGCUCCAUCAGCAGAGGG